GCCUCACCACUGCCUCCAGCUGGCACUUGGCUAUGCUAUUGACGGUGUUAUCGAGGGUGGUCAGCAUUUUGAUUGCAUGGGUGGUCGUAGCCGUAUCCACCAGGUCAGCGAGGGGCAUGAUGUUGGCCCCUCCCUUGCUGUAUGUGUUGGAGUGAUUGGAAAUCGGCCGUGAAAACGAAGGCCAAUAAACUGUUGAAAAAGCUACAACAGACAGGGGGUGCCGGGCCAUCUGAAGACGACGAUGGUUUGCAGGAACUGUCCCAAAUCGAAAAACGGGUUCUGCAAAUUAUCGGCCGAGACUUCAGUGGGGAUGGGAAAACCAAAGAACUCCCCAUCAUCCAGAUUCCACAACCAGUUGCAAGUCCCGACCCGGCUCCUGCAGAAUAUCCUGACAGUGACGGUGACGAUUAUCCUGUAGAAAUUCCACCACCCUUGCCACAACCUUCAACCAGCCAAGCUUCCACCAGCCAAACGUCCAAGAAGACUGCGACCCCACGUCGCGCGAUAAAACGGCGGGCCCUUUUUAAUUCUCAAGGAUGUGAAGAUAAUUUUUUAAAGCUCCUUCGAGAAGAACAAAGGGGCAAUGACCUUCGCGAGAGGCAAGCUGCAGCCCUCGAAAGGCAUGCUGAAGCUACCGAAAAAUUUGUAGCUGCAACGGAGCGCAUAUGUAGCAUGUUGGACGAAUUUUUGGAAGGAUUAAAUUAAAUUUCAAGUAA